CAAGUUUGGACAUGCACCGGUGACAUUAGAUGUGUGGGAACCUGUUAUCCUGUGACAUCGUCAAGCCACUUGGGAGUUCACAUCACUGGACAAUACAUGUUAUUCUGACAAGAGUCUUCCAUUCAUACUCGCAUCACUAAUAUCCAAACUUUCCUAAAUAUAACUUACGCUUAUGUUUCUUUCAGGGGCUGCAUCUGACCAGGAACAAUUGAUGGAAGCAUGUGAUGGGGGAGAGGUGGGAGAAGAAGAUUCGGACUUGACUCAGGUGGAUGAAAUCCCGGAGGAGCAUGAGGACGGCGGUCGUCAAAAUGUGGUCGCUGAAAAUCAGCCCGUUGAAACCGCACCAAAAACCACGGCACAGAUGUCGCCUGCAUCUCGGCUAGAAAAGGCUAGAACCCGAAGCAGACGUGUGGCCUUGCUUAGCACCGUGGCAGAAAAGAUGUUGUCUCAGGCAGAGAGAGAGGAGAACAACAAUGCCAAGGAAAGAAAACAGACAUUGACGGAGAGCCGAGAGUGGCGCAUGCAAUUUCUGGAAGCGGAGCAGAGAAGGCAUGAGGACACAAUGAGGGAGGCACAAGAAGACAGAAAGGCUUUCAUUGAGGCGCAGCAGCAGAACUGUGAGGGCAUCAACAGAGCGGUCAGUGCCUUAAGCUCCCUAACCGAAAUUUUGCUGGGGGGAAACCGUGAGCAGAGUCACCAAGCCAUGCCAGGACCAUCAUGUGGAAGGGGAAGUGUGCAUAGAUCUUCACAGGAGAACCCACCCAGAAAGAGGUGCCGUGUGAUUAAACCCAGCAAGAAAUUUGAUUUGUGA